AAGCCCGGGACGGGGAGAAGCAGGAAGCGGCCGAGGAGGCGGAGGCCCCUGCAGUCUGGAGAGGGGCCUUGGGGUUGAGGCACCGAAGGACCGGUCGCCCCCGCCCGCCUGGGACCCGCCGGCGACGAGAGACGGACCGGAGCUACAGAACCUUCUGAAGUCCUCACCAUGGGUGACAUGAAGACCCCGGACUUCGAUGACCUCUUGGCCGCUUUCGACAUCCCGGACAUAGACACAAACGAGGCCAUCCACUCUGGUUCCGAGGAGGCGGAAGCUCACAUCAAGCCCGUUCCGGUGGAGGCCGUGGUCCCAGACCACGUCCUCCCCCACGGCGACAUCACCACAGUCAGCGUCAUCGUGAAGAACACCGUCUGUCCGGAGCAGCUGGACCCCCCGGACAGCCGCGUCAAAGACAGCCACGCGAUCGGGCCCCGCUUGCUGCAGAACGGGUUUGCUCCCUCCGAGGUCCCCCACUCCCCGUUGGCUGGCCCGGCCGAAGUAGCCGCCUCCACCAACGGGGAGUGCUGGACGCCGAAGGAGAAAGCGGCGAAAGGCCUGGACCUCUUUUCCCACUUCAGCCCCGACCCCAACGAGGACGGGGCGGCCAACCUGAUCGACCAGCCCCGAGAAUGCAAACCGAAAGAGAAGCCCCUCUCUGUGCCUUCCCUCUCCCCGUCGCCCACCCUCCCUUCCGCCCAGCCGCCGGACUGUCGAGAGCCGGCGGCAGAGAUUGCCGGGUCUCUCCCAUCGACUUUUCCGCAACCUUUUGAAAGCGGCUCGUCCGGCGGAGCGGGCCUUCCGCCUAGUCCUCCUCCGCUGACUCCCUUGGCCAUCAAGCAGGAGGCAGACGGCGAGGUGCCCUGUCGGGGAGGGAGUCCUUUGGGCCCCCCCAAAUCAAGCUCCGUCUGCUAUUCUGUGGAUGAUUCUGCCCGGGGGCCUUGGCCUCGUUCGGAGACAAACGUCAACAGUGGCAGCGGCCCCCGAGUCAAGCGCUCUCCUGCCAGCCCUCCGGGUCCCUUUUUCAAAAGUUCCCCCCAAGCGGACAGGAGCCUCGGCCCCUCUGCGUCCCCCAAACAACCGGAAGGAGGGGCCCUAAAAGAGGAGCCCGUGGAGAAACCCGUGCAGUGCCCACCGGACGCGUCCAGCGGGGAGGAAGAGGAGAAUGAUGACGAGAGCACGGGCUCGCCUUCGUCCAAUUCCUCGCGGCCUCUCAAAGUGAGAAUCAAGACCAUCAAAACCUCUUCCGGGAGCAUCACUCGGACGGUCACGAGGGUCCCCUCGGACUCGGACCCCGGUGCCGCCAAGCCGCCUUCCGACCACGACUCCCAAGGGGGACCCGUUGCCGAGGAAGCCGCGCCCCCCGCUCCCGCUGAGAAAGGGGAGGGGCCGACGGAGUCCCCCAACCCGAAAAUGGUGGUGACCAGCCCCUUGAAGGUGAUCGAAGGGCCGAAGGUCAUCAGCGUGCAGCUGGGAGACGGCACCAAAAUCAAAGGGACGGUCCUGCCCGUCUCCACCAUCCAGAACGCCAGCAGCGCCAUGCUGAUGGCCGCCAGCGUCGCCCAGCAGAAGGCGGUGGUGUUGCCCAGCAAAGCCGUGGCCAAGAACAUCAUCAGCUUGGUGCCGCAGGCCUUCCCCAAGGCCUCUGAUGCCAGGGGCAACGUUGGCACGGUCCCCCAGCCGGCCGCGGCGACGGCUGCGGCGAACCAGAAGGUCAACGGCACCACGGUGGUGGUGAUGCAACCGCAGAACUCUUCUCCUCCCGUCGCCGGCACGGUCAUCUCCCGCAGCCAGUCCAGCCUGGUGGAGGCCUUCAACAAGAUCCUGAACAGCAAGAACCUGCUGCCCACUUACAAGCCCAACCUGGCCCCCCCGACGGACUCCAGCCUGACCCUGCCGCCCCUCGGCUACCGGUGCCUGGAGUGCGGCGACGCCUUCGCCCUGGAGAAGAGCCUGGCCCGCCACUACGACCGGCGCAGCAUGCGCAUCGAGGUGACCUGCAACCACUGCACCAAGCGCCUGGUCUUCUUCAACAAGUGCAGCCUCCUCCUGCACGCCCGCGAGCACAAGGACAAGGGGCUGGUCAUGCAGUGCUCGCACCUCGUCAUGCGGCCCAUUGCCCUGGACCAGAUGAUCGGCCAGCCCGACAUCACCCCCUUGGUCUCCGUCGCCUCCCUGAACGCCGGCAAGGUGGCCGCCGCAGCGGGCGUGACGCAGGAGGCGGUGGCCGCCGCCGCCAACGGGGGCGCGUCUCAGGACCUGCCUGUCCUGCCUUUGAACGGCGGCAGCGAGCCGGCUACCACCAACUCCUGCCAGUGCCUGGAGUGUAAGGAGCAGUGCAAGGAUAAAGCAGGCCUCGCGGCUCAUUUCCAGCAGGCGACGCCAUCCUCUUCCACGGUGUGCAGCACCUGCCCCAUGAUCAUGCCCAAUCGGUGCAGCUUCAGCGCCCACCAGCGGAUGCACAAGAACCGCCCGCCCCACGUGUGCCCCGAGUGUGGGGGGAAUUUCCUCUUGGCCAACUUCGAGGCCCACCUGAAGGAGGCCUGCCUCCAUUUCUCCCGGAGGAUAGGCUACAGAUGCCCAAGCUGCUUAGUCGUUUGGCUAGGUGUUUACUCCAUCAAAUCUGGGUCCUUCAGACAGUCCCACUGCUGCCUUUACGCGUGCUCUAUCUGCCUCAUGGCGUUCUGCCGCCCCCCCAGCGCCCACGCCCACAUCUACACGCAGCACCCGGGCUUCAGCAACCAGCAAUCCAAGAUGAUCUACAAGUGUGCCAUGUGCGAUACCGUCUUCACCCACAAGCCUCUGCUCUCCUCGCACUUUGACCAGCAUCUGCUCAACCAGAGGGUCAGCGUCUUCAAAUGUCCCGACUGCCCCCUCCUUUUUGCCCAGAAGCGGACCAUGCUGGAGCAUCUCAAGAACACUCACCAGCCCCAGAAGCCCAAGGAGGAGCCUGCCAAGAAGCCGGCCGCCGCCCCCCUCACCCCUAAACCGGAGCCGGCGGAAGAAGAGCCCCCAACACCAGCGGCCAAGAUCUUGGACACCUCCUCCUCGUCUUCCGAAGACGAGGACCCUGCCAACCCCCCCGAAUUGCAGAAGAGCAAACGUGGGCAGCUUCCAGCCGUGAAGUCCGAGGUGAGCAGGCGCCUCCCCGAUAGGAACAGGCUGGACCUCAAGCGAAACGCCGUGCAAUACGCGAAAAAAAUCCACGGCAAGUGUGUAAAGAAGUUUCCGUGCCGUUUGUGCGAACGCUCCUUCUGCUCCGCCCCCAGCCUGCGGAGGCACGUUCGGGUGAACCACGAAGGCAUCAAACGCGUCUACCCCUGCCGCUACUGCACCGAAGGGAAACGUACCUUCAGCAGCCGCCUCAUCCUUGAGAAACACAUCCAGGUACGUCACGGCAUCAAAGUGACCGACGAGACGCGGAGCCAGGAGGUGCUGAUCACCCGGCUGGGCUCCAGGAACUCCCAGGCCUCCGGCCGGAAGCGCAAGCUGUCCUCCGACGAAGGAGACUCGUGCAGUGAAGAGCCAGACAGUACCACUCCCCCUUCCAAGACCCCCAGAGGCGACAGGAAAGCCCAGUACCACUGCCGUAAGUGCGGCUACAUGGCCUCCACGGCGGCGGAUUUCCAGGAACACAUCCCCCAGCACCGGACAGGCGAGAGCGCCCACCAGUGCCACGAGUGCGGGCUCUGCUUUACUUCUCAGGUCUCCCUCAACCGCCACCGCUUCAUCACCCACAAGAAGAAGAGGGGGGCGGGCGACGCGGAGGAGCCGGGGGCCCAGGGCGACCCCAAGGAGGGCUCCCCUCCGGACGCCGAAGGGAAACUCUUGUGCACGGUUUGCGGCAAGGGCUUCGACACGCAGCUCAACCUGAAGACUCACUUCCGCACCCACGGGAUGGCGUUCAUCAAAGCCCGGCAGAACGUUGGGGCGGAGAACUAGCCCGCCGGUUCGGGGGUGAUGGGCGGAGCCUCGCCCCGGGUUCGGAGCGGAAGGGGCGUCCUCGCAUCCGCCUCUCUCCUGCCUCAGUCGGAUCGAUAAGCUUUGAUGGCGGAGGGGUCUCCGGGAGCCUUAUUUAUAACCUAGAUCAGCGGUCUCUCAGGCCCUGCUCUUUGCUCCGGGGAGCGGGUCCGUUCCCCCCCCCUCACGGAUUGUGCCAGGGGGAAUUGGGCGGGGCAUUACGUUUGGGGGAGGGGGCGGGACUGGACUCCGAAAGCCCCGAGGGACUGUUUCCUUGCGGAGAUAUAACUGAGUGCCUGGAGGCGUUUUCUGCAGCCGUUCUGGUAAUCACUGUAAAAAGCAGGCGAUUGGCUCCCCACGUCUCCUUUCUUUGCCUGACCCCGGCACCUCGGGCAAAACCAUUGCUACAUUUUGGGCAGCAGCUGGGCGACCAUGCCCCCACCCCAUCCCCCGGCGUCCAUCUUGCCGAACUCCCCCCUCCAGGUUCCUUCAGGAGGGAUCUCUGUUUUUUUCCAGCUCUGUUUGGGAUUUCUGGGGGUGGGGGGGUGUCUUCACUUCCAUACACUCUUCUCCCGACACCCCCUGCUUCUUUUAAACAAUUCCUUGUGUUGGUUUUCAGGUGCUUACAGGCUGGAUUUAACCCCCCCUCCCCCUCCCCACCCCAUGGGAAUUACAGGUUAAUUCUCUCUUGUCUUUCUCUCUCUGUGUGUCUCUCUUUCUCUGUCUCUCAUUCUCUGGGGAAAAAAACCCCACAUCUGCUUCUGGCCUGUUGGCCAUCAAGUAGCUUCUUUUGUUUGUGUGCUAACCUUUUCGAGCCAUUCCACACGGUGGAGUCGAACCGUUGCUCCCCCAGAUGCUCCUCACGCGGAUGUUCAGUUUGUCCAUGUGCGCGUGGGCUUGGGUAGACUUUUCCACGGAGUCUGCCUAUCUUUCCUCUCUGUCUCCUUGGAGAACGGCUGUUUCCGGGUAGCGCAGAGCAGGGGAGACGGGGGCAGAUGCGGCACCAGUUCUUUGUGGUGGCAGGACCGGGGAUCCGACCUUUUUGCAAGCCCGAGGACCAAUAAGAAACCCGCUGGCAGGUUGAUCCCUCGCACCCUCUAGACCAGGGGUGUUCAACUCUGGCCCUCCAGCAUAGCAGGGGCUGAUGGGAAUCGUAGUCCAUGAACACCUGGAGGGCCAGAGUCGGACACCCCUGCUUUAAAGGUCCCUUGGAAACUCACGCCGCCAGUUGGAAUCGGCAUUUGAUCCCUUAAAGCAGGGGUGUCCAUUCCCAUCAGCCCCUGCUGGCACGGCCAAUUGGCCAUCCCGCUGGUGUUCUCUCCCCCCACUACGCCCACAUUGCAACAUCUUUUGCCGUGCAUUGACACCUGUAUUCCACCCCUCUUGCCUCCGUGUUCUGAAUGCAAGGUGGCUCUUGGAAUGAUCCUUUUUCCCAGUGGCACCCUGUGGCUAAAAUCAUGCCCUUCGUCACAGGAGUCCAAGAUGUUUCGAUGCUCGAGGUGGGCAAAAGCCAGGGAGCUUCUCCCCACGCCCGGCGUGGGCCAGGAAACUCAGUUGCACACGCCACACUGAAAAGGUUUAGGCUCCUGUCUCUUUCUGUCUGUUCCUAUGGGGCUUGCUUGAGGAACUGCCCAAAUAAUUUUGACCUGGGCAUAUCCUGUCUCGCCCUCCACCACCUAGCCAAAAAUCAGGCCUGUCUGUCUCCCAGUCUGUCCUGCUGUAAACCUCCCUCCUCUCUCUUCCAUUGGGCCUUCUGCGUAAUCAUGUCUCAACACAGCCUGUACGCUGGACUGUUUUGCUGUAAAUCACGGCAUUGGAUCUCUUCCCCUCCCUCCGCCGGGAUGCUGUUGUCCCCCUUCCGGAGUACCCCAUUUCCUAGAUCACGUGACCAAGAGGCCGGCUGGCGGACGCGACACCCCCUUUUCGGUUCCAGCGCAAGGAUUGGAGAAUAUGUGUCUGUUCUUUUUAACACACAUGCCUUUUCAUGUUUGGGGUGGGGGGGCAGGGGAGGGAUAUCUUUCCCUCCCACCCUUCUCUUUCUGAAGUACUUCAGUUUUCGGAGGGGGGAAGGACAAGAUCGGUCUUUUAUUUUUUAGUUUGUGCAUAAGUGAAUUAUUUUUAGUAACUCGGUUUUUUCUGUUUUCAGCUAGUCACUAAUGCUUAUUAACCAAGCGUGUGUCUUUAAAGAGAAAUCUGUAACAUACACUUUGAAACGGAAGCCUGACUGUUGUAAGUUCUUAUUUCAGAAAAUAAUAGUGACGAAUCUGCUUUGC